AUUCUUUUGUCUAGAUAAUAUAACAUAUCAAUUAUUUAUAUUUCAAGUAAAGAACGUAAGGAAUUUUUGAAAUAUCUCAGAUCAAUACUCUACUUUUUGCUGUUUGGUGACACUGUUAAAUCAAGAAUAUUGCGGCUGUUUUGGUCAAAUCAGUUAUUGAUGUGAUGAAAGUUGUAUGUAAUAAUUUAGAUCUUUUGUCAUUCUGUACUAUGUGCUUUUAAAAACAAUGAGUAAACUAGCGUCGUAUGCUGUAUUCGUUUUCUUAUUUUGCAAAUGCGUGGACUCAGAUUUGUUUUAUGACGUUUUACGAAAGGUAGAUCCAUGUGAAGCGUUUUGUGAAAAAACGUAUCCACAAUCAAGUAAGCUCGGCUCGUGUUGCCGUCGCGGCUGCCGCUUCUUCAGCCUGAUCUACUUGGUGGAGGACCGGACGCACGUCGACCUCAACUCUACCAGGAACACCUGCCAGGCCUCAUGCCUGGAGGCGUACGGGCACACGGGAGACCGACAUGCGUGCGACGGGGGAUGCACGAGCAUGGCUUGCCAGAAACAAACGGAGCUGCUGUCGCAGAUCGACUGGUCGCUGUACGUCGAAGAUGGUAACAUGAUCGUGUUCGAACCAGGAGACCUGGAGCCGGACGACGUCUUGACGGAUCCCGGGCUGAGGCGCCAGCUGAGCCGGGGCUGGGCCCCGGGUGACGACCGCCUGCCCGAGACACACAUCAGGACUCUGCCCGUCGCUGCCGAGGACGCGGGACGCGCGUUGGGGCGCGGCUGGCCGGACUGCUUCGCGCUGCGGACGCGGCUGCCCGUGCUCGCCGUGGCGCUGGCCGUGGCGCUCCCUGCGCUGCUGGCCUUGUGGCUGUGGCUGGCGCCGGGCCUGCGGGCGGUGGCAGCACUGGCCGACUACAAGCACCCCCUGGACCAGCCGCCCAAGUGCUCGCUGCUCGUUGACAACGUGUAGCCGGCAGACCGGGUAGCUUCGAGCAUAGGUAUCCGCUGUAAACUUCGAACAUCCACAUGGUUGUGUCACGUGAGUUUACAAUUAUUUUAAGUUUAGGCAAUAAGUACAGUGUUGUUGAUUCAGAAAGUACAUACAUAUUACAGUACCUAUGUUACUCACUUUGUAAAUUACCAUUAUUGUUCAUUCCAGCAUGAAUUAUUUGUUCCAUUGUAAUACAAGUGUUAUCUGAAGAAUUGUUAUGCAGGUGUAUUUGACAGAGCUAAGAGUGGUUUAAGUGCAAAUUUAUGUGUAUGUUACAUUUUUUUUAAUGCUGUUUAGUUUCAACACUUGGACAAAUGAUUUGGGUGAAAACAUGGAGUGUAUGGGCUAGCGUGCCCUUGCAGAACUUCGUUAUUUGAAAACAAGUAAAAAAUGAAUUCCAGUCAUGGCAAGUUGCUCACUUAGUAAAUGCUAGUUUCUAGAUGAAUGCACCGUUGCUCCGAGAUCAAGACAGUUUUUCGACAUACGAUUGAAACUAUAUUGUACAGAAAAAAAUAAAAUUUUGUAGCUACAAUAUACACACGAUCUCUACUAUCAAUACUCAUGGGUGUGAUACGAAACAUGGCUACAAUUUUUCUGACAAAAACUGAAAAGCAAAUCGGUUUUAAACUAAGUCAAGGUUAGUACCAUAUUCAAAUGAAAUUUAAGACAAAUGUUUUUCAUUAAAAAAAAAAACCUCCUAAAAAAUUAGGGGUCAUCUUAUAACCAAGAGCAAAAUUUAAAAAAUAAAUAAAUAAGAAUAUCUAAUGACAUUAAAUAUUAGUUAAGUAUUUUUAAUUUGUAUAGAGAUUGGGGCAUGCAUAUACAUAUUUACACAUAUAUGUACUUAUUUGCAGUGAUUUCCUAUUGGGGGUGGGGGAUCAUCAUACAAUAUGGUUUGACUUAUUUUCAGGUGAAUUCGGUAAUUUAGUUAAAGUGUAAGAGGUUAGGAGUAAAGUUGCUGGCGUGGUCGGGUAGUCUGUAAGAGCAAAGAAAAUGGUAGUAUAGUUCUAUUGACUUUAAUUUUCUAAAUAUAAACUUGACAGUACUUGACCAUGACUUAUAGAGCAUCUCCCUCUUUGAUUGCAGAGUGGAAGUAAAUGGAUGCUUUUUUUCUGUCUCUUUAACACAUACCGACUGCUAUUAGCACUGUCCUUGUUACAUCAUGCGCUGUUGCCAUAUUUUAUACAAAUUUAAAAUUGUAAGUUUUGGACAAUGUUUUUUUUUUCAUGUUGUUUUUUUUUUGCAUAUUGUGUAGCA